AAUUUAGAAUUAGAUACAAUUAUACAAAAUAAUAAUUUGUUUGGCUAUAAUAUGUAUAUAAUUUACUUCAUACCAACACUUUCUUGCUGUGUAUAUAUUUAUAUAUUACGGUUUCCAUAUACCAUGGUGAUCUCAGGCAUAAGAUUUUUAUUAACAUUUUUGAGGGGGAAACAAAAAAAAAAUAGAAAUUAAGGCAAGAAACCAUUUAUUUGAUGGUUCAUUCCUCUCCCAUAUUAACACGUCUUUAUAAAUAUUGCUAUCCAAGAGUCAACUACAGUAUGGCUCCGUGUCUGAGCUGACGUUCGGUGAGUGACAUCUGCUAAUAACAAGAAGACAUUUAUCAGGUUCAUAAGAUGAAUGAAUGGCCAGAAUAUUGAUAGCAGUUGAUCCCAUAAUUUCUUAAUCACUGUAGCAAAUUUUUCCAACAGGAUUUUGGUUUAAAUGAUGGGAAAGUAAAAGAGAAUAACGAAAGAACAGAAGAAAAUAUGGUUCCAGUAGAAGAAAAAUAUAAAAAAAGUCAAAGCCAUAGUCGUAGCAGUAGUGCAUCAAGUGAUUCUUCGGUUAAAAGCAGAAGAAGCAGAAGCAAAAGUAAAGAAAUAAAUCAACAUGAUGAUACAGAAACAAAUGCUGAAAAAUAUAAAGAAGUAAAAACAAAUCAUACAAAAUCAGAAUCCACAGAUAAAAAAUCCAGUAGAUCCUAUAGAAGUGAGAAGAGUUCUAAAGAUCAGAGGAGGCGAAGUAGAAGUAGUGAAAGAAAUUCAAGAGGAAGUAGAAGUUAUGGUCAUAGAAGUCCUAGAAGAUGGAGACGAUCUCGUAGCAGAAGCAGAGAUCGCAGAAGUAGAAGUAGAGACAGGAGGAGUAGGAGUAGAAGCAGAGAUAGAAGAGAAAGGAGGAGCAGAAGUAGAGAAAGAAGAGACAGAAGAAGUAGGAGUAGAAGUAGAGAUAGACGAGAAAGAAGAAGCAGGAGCAGAAGUAGAGAUAGAUACAGGAGAAGCUCCAGAUAUGACCGUCAUCGAAGUAGAAGUCGCAGUAGAGGUAGACCUCGUGAUUUUAAGGAAAAGGCUUUAUCGAAUUUGAGAGCAGUCUUAGAGAAAACAGUGAAAUUGGAUGGAGAAGGAUUAACUGUAGAUGCUAGUUCCCUAGAGAAGCCCAGUAAUCUUCCUUUAAAUGUUACUGCAGCGAGUGUUAUGACUCCGCAGAUUGUUUUACAGCAGGCUAUGGCUGCAAUGAGUGCUAAAGCUCAGGCUUUAACUGGUAUCUCUUUACCAAAAUAUUAUAAUCCAGCUGCAGUUAAUCCAUUGAAAUAUGCAGAACAAGUUCAAAAAAGAAAACUACUUUGGCAAGCAAACAAGGAAAAACCAGAGCAAUCAAAACCAUCUUCAGCAUCACUUUGGGAAAAUAUGACAUUUGCUCAAGAUCAAGAUGGCAAAAUGACAGCAAAAUUUCGUAAAUUAAUGGGAAUCAAAGCAGAAGGAAAUCCUUCAGAGAAUGCCCAGGAAGAAGAAAAAGAGAAAGAAAAGCCUUCCGCACCGGAUGAUGUAGUGAAGAAACAAGAGGCCUUAUUUCGUGACUUGGAUCAACAGUAUGAAAUGGCAAGGAUGUCUACACAUACACACAGAGGAGUAGGACUUGGCUAUACAUCACAUACAAGUAAUAUUUAUCCCCCAACAGCACCCAAAUGAUUGUCAUCAUUUCUGUCAUAGUGUUUUUCAUUGUUACUUACAUAGAAUAAUUUUUGCAUGGAUAUUGACAUGCAAAUAACUUGAUAAUGAAGGCACUUAAGUGCACUACACUUUUACAUCUCAUUCGUUUUUUGCUACAUAAAAGCAUUUCUCCCCCUUUGUUUUUAAUCAUAAAAUCAGUCAGAAUAUGUAAUACAUACCAUGUAACCUAUCAUAAAAUUUUCAUUUUAAAAUUUGGUUAUGCAAAAUUGUAACAGGAAAUCUACGAAAUUGUGUGCCAAUUUGAAAGAAAUUGUCUCUCACUAUUUAUGCUGUUUGUACCUAUGUAGGUCUGAUAUUUAAUUUGUAAAUUGUAUCGGUAUCAUUUUGUAGUAGAAAAAUUGCACACAGACAUUUAUUUUAUGUAAGUACAUCUGUUGGUGACUCUCGGUGUUUCACUGGUUUAAUUAUUACUGACAAAAAAUGUACUUAUGUUAAUUUUGGAAUCCAUUUAAAAUGAGAAGAAAGUGUUACCUUACCAAACAUUGAAAAAUCUUGUUUUAAAAUAAAUAGUUUGUGUAAUAGCUAAUAAAUAAAAUCUUUUAUACAAAAAUAUAUAUGUAUGUUAUAUACUGUAUUUAUCAAUUUAAUAGCUAUUAUUAACACAGUACUGAAUUUGCAUUUUAAUUAACUUGAAAUUAGUCUUGACAAGAAGUUACAGCAUUCAUUGUAAAACUUGUUUGAAAGGAUAUUUUUCUUUUGUAAAUAAAUAAAAUAUUGAAU